AUGGUAUUUUUCUGCGAAAGCAGUCUUCUAGGAUUGGCCUCCGAAGCCAUAGUUCGAGGCUUCGACCCCGCAACAACUAUGUCGGGCAUCAUGUUCAGCUGUCCGGGCACGGAUGUAAUAGACGUCGGCUCCGACCUCAUGAAUUCCGAAAUAAUGAAUUCGAUCCUCAACACUGCCGAUGUCUUAGAUUCUGGAAUUGUGUCAGAGGAGAAUUUGAGGAGGGUGUAUGACGCGUAUGCGAGCAUUGCGGCUAGGAUGUUUUGUGAGAGGUGGAUGGAGCCGGGGGCCAAGUUGUGUGGGAUGUUGUAUACGUGGCAUAUUGAGAAUGAUAGGCACUGGGUUUUUAGGAGAGCUUUGCUUGGGUACAGGAUGGUGAGGAAGGAGAGGGUGGAGCAGAAGGAGGCUGAUUUUGAUGAGGCGUUUGGCGAAAAUCUAAGGACGACGGGGUUUAGUAGACCUCUUAAGAAUAGUUGCAAUGGUGGGGAUCCUUGUGAUGCGGUUGGAAGAGUUGUGAAAGGAAACAAGCUUGAAAAUGUGUUGGCAGAACUCUGGAGUUGUCUAGUAACAACUCCGAUGGAAUAUAUACUGAAAGGCGAGGUGAGUCAGGAGCGUGAGGAUGAGAUUAACGUUUAG